UGUGGCUGGCCGGGUUCGGUGGGCGCUGGGGCCGGUGAGGGCGGUGUGUGUGUGCGGGCUCUCAGUGCGGCUGUCCCGCACGGCAGAGCCGCCAUGGCCCUGCCGGAGUGGCACAUCGCCGUGAAGCUGGCGGAGCAGCCGCUGGCCCCCAAAUCCAUCCUGCGCCUGCCGGAGACCGAACUGGGCGAGUGCCCGCUGGGCGGCUGCAGCAUCUCGCACCUCAAGCAGCUCAUCACGGGCAAGCUGCAGGAAUCCAUGCCGGACCCCGAGCUCAUCGACCUGAUCUACUGUGGCCGGAAGCUGAGGGAUGACCAGACCCUGGAUUUUUAUGGAAUCCAGUCCGGCUCCACUGUCCAUGUCCUGCGCAAGUCCUGGCCUGAGCCUGACCAGAAACCGGAGCCCGUGGAUAAGGUGGCAGCAGUCCGGGAAUUCCGUGUCCUGCACACUGCCCUGCACAGCAGCCCUGCCUACAGAGAUGCCGUCUUCAAGAUGCUGGGAAACAAGGAAUCCCUGGAUCAGAUCAUUGUGGCUACUCCCGGCCUCAGCAGCGACCCCGUGGCUCUGGGUGAGUCCAACUGUGACCCAGAGGAGCUGAGGAAAGGUUUGAUUCCUGAUGGGGGAAGGGACAGGCCCAAAUCUAGGUUGGAUUCCUGGCAGGGAGAAGGGAGAGUUAAAAAAAAACCCCUCAUUUUUGAUCCCUUUGUGGAGCGAACCAAGGCCAGCUCCAGGGUGGAUCCAGAAGGAUCCGAGGUCAGCUCCAGGGUGGAUCCAGAAGGAUCCGAGGUCAGCUCCAGGGUGGAUCCAGAAGGAUCCGAGGCCAGCUCCAGGGUGGAUCCAGAAGGAUCCGAGGCCAGCUCCAGGGUGGAUCCAGAAGGAUCCAAGGCCAGCUCCAGCGUGGAUCCAGAAGGGGUCCCUGGCUGCCUGGAGGAGUUUGUGCCAGGCAGCAGAGGCAGUGCUGGUGGUGGCUGUGCCCCGAGUCCCUCAGGGCAGGUUCCUGCGUUCCCCUGUGCCCUCCUUCAGCUGUGCCCGUCCGUGUCCAGGUUGAUCCCGGCCCACCCUGCCCUGGUGAACGCCAUUGUCCUGGUGCUGCACUCGGUGGCGGGCAGCACCGCCCUGCCAGCCCCGGACACGUCCUCACGAGCCAUGGCCUUGGGCUCCUACCGGGACAUGCCAGGUGGCUUUCUCUUUGAGGGGCUCUCUGACGAUGAGGAUGACUUCCACCAGAGCACGAGGUCCACCCCGUCCAGCAGCGCAUCCAGCUCGCGCCCGGCCUCGCUGGGCUACGCGGGGGCGGCAGGGCCACGGCCCAUCACCCAGAGCGAGCUGGCCACAGCCCUGGCCCUGGCCAGCACCCCCGAGAGCAGCUCCCACACACCCACCCCGGGCACACAGGGCCACUCCUCCGGGACGUCCCCGAUGUCAUCCAGCGUGCAGUCGGGGACACCCAUCACCAACGACCUGUUCAGCCAGGCGCUGCAGCACGCCCUGCAGGCCUCGGGGCAGCCCAGCCUCCAGAGCCAGUGGCAGCCCCAGCUGCAGCAGCUGCGGGACAUGGGAAUCCACGACGACGAGCUGAGCCUGCGGGCCCUGCAGGCCACCGGAGGGGACAUCCAGGCUGCCCUGGAGCUCAUCUUCGCUGGGGGCGCCCCCUAAAUCCUCCUGCCGGAUUGGACUCAGCUGGGAGAAGGGAAGAGGUGGCUGUGUGUCGGAGUGGCCCCUGCAGCUGUGCAAUGUUUUAUCUGUCACCACGACUCUGCCUGGUGUUGUUUCAUCAUCCCUGUGCUCGCCCUGGAUUAAACGGACCCUGCGCAGUUC